UGGACAAUCUUUUUCAUUUUCUCUCACUCUGAAUCUACUUUCACAGAUAGACUACAGAAUCACUCAUUCCAUAUUCAUUCAUACAUAAAUUUCGCCCUAAACAAUGGCGAAAGAAUGCAAAUAUUUUCCAGAAGAAUGUUGGGAACAAAUAUUCAAUCGUAUUCAUCGCCAAUCUGACUUGGAAUCAGUUUCUUUAGUAUGCAAACAGUUUCUUGCUCUCACCAAUCGCAUGCGCCUCCGUUUGUCUUUAAUACACAAUAAUGAUACCCUAUCUAAAAUCAUUCUCCGAUUUCCGAAUCUUAAUUCCAUUGAUCUUAGUGACUUCCUUGGUGAUGAUGAUCUUGUUCUCUUUGAGCUUGCCAAUUGUGUCUCCUAUAUACCCAAUCUACGACAACUUGACUUCUCUGGACAGAUUAGAUUACCCAUUGAGGGGUUGAAGGAAUUGGGGCGUGAAUUUAAGGGUUUGAGGGUCCUGAAGUGUGGAAAACUUGCCAUUAUAAAUGACUCUUAUUUGAAUACUAUAGCAGAAUCGUUUCCGUUUUUGGAAGAACUUGAUAUUAGCUAUCCAAGGUUGGGCGGUCCCUUUUCCGUGACUGAUUCUGGGAUUGAGGCUUCAUCCGGUAAUUUGAGGAAUUUACGUAAGAUCAAUAUUUCUGGGAAUUAUGGUAUUACUGAUAGGUCCCUUGUUGCUCUUUCUAUUAAUUGUUUGAAUUUACAAGCCAUUGAGGUGAAGGGAACUUCGGUAACUUUGGAAGGGAUCCUUUCUAUACAGCGUGCUUGUGCUUCUUUGAGUUGGAUUUCAGUGUCCAAGAUUCACAAUGGUUUAGGUUUGGCUACUUCCAGCCGAUCUUUACAAACACUUGAAGUUUCUGACUCGAUUGUUACGGAUGAAUUCCUCUUCUUGAUGGCCAGGGCUUCUCUCCCGUUAUCUAGGCUUUCACUUAGUAAGUGUACAAAUUUCACAUUAUCUGGUAUCUCUUCACUUCUGUGUGCAUAUCAGUCACUUAAGUGUUUGUCCCUAGUCGAUGUAAGUUUCUUGACUGAUGAAUCUAUGAAUGAUUUAUCCCAAUAUCUACAAAGUCUUGUUACCGUUGAUCUCAGGGGUUGUGUGAAAUUGACCAUUUCUACGUUCUUCACGCUUGCUAGAAAUUGCCCUUCACUGGAAGAUGUUAACAUGGAGAAUACUGGUUUUGGGGUGAAAGAUUAUGUUCAUAAUGGUGUGAAGAACCCAAGAAUCAGGUCUGUUUAUUUGGCAAAUAACUCGCACCUGAAAGAUGACUCUCUCACAAAAGUUGCUUUAUUGUGCCCCAACAUGGAGAGUCUUGAUGUGUGCUUGUGUAAAAGUCUUACAGAGGCAGGUAUUGCUUCUGCUCUUGAGGUGUGCAAUCAUAUCAGGAACUUGGAGUUUGAUAAAUGUCCAUCUAUUAAACGUAUCGGAAAAGGCGCUGAACUGCCUAAUCUUGAGGUAAUCAAUGCAGCUGGUUCAGCAUUAAGCGAUGAAGGCCUGGCCAUGAUUGGGAGCAGAUGCUCUCGCCUAUUGAAGUUAAACUUGGAGAACUGUAAAGGAGUAACAGCAGAGGGCAUACAGGCAAUAGUAAAAAAUUGUACAUCAUUGAGAGAGAUAAACUUGAAGAAGUGUCGUCAAGUCAGUGCCAGUUCUCUAAAUAGUUUAGUGUCUUCGUCUUCAUCAUUGAGGAGAGUUUUCCCACCCAGUUCUGAUGGUUCUCAUGAUAGCUUGAGGGGAUUUUCCUUGCACAAUGGAUGUCUAGUUUCAUCAAGCUAAUUUUGUUGGGGCAGCAGAUACUUUGAAUGUUGUUCCUUUGAUUUCAACCAUUUUCCAUCUUCUCCUUUCUUUUUUGUCUGUCGUGUAAUAUAACAAUUCCAGAUUUAUUUUUGUUACAUUGGAUCAAGAUUGAA